CUCGUUGAUUCGUAGAUUUGUUCACAGAAACACGAUCACACAGUGGGUGAACGCGUGCUUCCUUAUGUAUCGGAGACAAUCUGUCCUCCUUUCUUUUAUCUGGUGGUAGUGCGGUACUCAAGCAUUAACGCAACUGGUGCAGGAGAGCGGAACAGUUGUGGUUCAUAUGCGCACUUUCCUUUGGCCGCCAAAAUGUAGUCUGUUUCAGAGCAUACAUCUUUAAAUAGUGCAUCGUUUUUCUGGUAACAAUAUGUUAUCGCAAAAUUCAUAUGCAAACAAGUUCUCUCUCCUACCUUCAGAAUGCUAGAAUUUCACACUUCUUUUAUGUAUUGGCUUCCCUAUACAAAUUAGUUGGUUUUCAGUGUCAACUUAGGUAUUUUCUGUUCAAGGACCAAUCCCCUGUCGUCCUCUCUUGUUCAUGCUGAACUGAUUUAUAUGAGGGGCAUCUGGAUAGCGUGCUCCAGUGAUGCUACCUGAAUGCUUGCCGCUUCUAAAUUGCAAAUAAAAUCCAUAAGUACGUUAGAGAAUGUUACCUUGUCGUCCACAACAUUCCUAGUGGCCAUGAACAGAAUUUGGGAUCACAGAAUUGUUGUGAAGUGGGAUCUACGCAUAUUCAUAUCUGAUCAUCAAGAUUGCGUGACUGGUAUUAUGAUAACUAGUUCUGUCUGUUUCACCUGAUUAGCUCAUGGUUAUGCAAUCUCACAUUCAAUACUUGCAAUUAGAAAAACCACUGUAAAGGUUUUUUUUUCUCAUGCUCAUGCUUCCAUGACAGAGAAAAUUAAUGCAUAAACAGAAACCAAAUUCCCGUACAUAGCACAACCAGUUCUAUAAAUUAGUGUUCCUUACCAAUUUGGGAUUAAGCUCAGUCUUAUUCAGAGGCCAUCCCUGCAGCUAACCCCCACCCCCUAUUCUUGGAACCACACAAAAUUGCAGUAGCCUACAUCCUAUAGUUAUUGUUCAGGGUUUGAUACAAGAAUAUGAUUCAUUUCUAGUGCCAAAAAUCAUACUGUACUGAGAUGGCUCGGAAUCUUUAUCUACUCUGUUUCCUAAUUCUUUUCAUUUCCUUGAACCUGCGAAGCGUUCUCUCAUGGAGGAUCCAGAACUUUACAGAUGAUCAAUGCCCCCCGCAACCCCAUCCUUUAGGUAUGUGCAAGGCACGAGUAGCAGCUUAUGGCUAUCCAUGUGAAGAAUAUCAGGUCACAACAGAAGAUGGCUAUAUUCUUAGCUUAAAGAGGAUCCCCCAUGGUCUUUCUAAUGCUGACAACUCGACUGAGGAUAGGACACCGGUACUUCUAUUCCAUGGGCUAAUGGUGGAUGGUUUCUGUUGGGUACUAAGUACACCCAAACAAUCACUUGGCUUCAUUUUGGCUGACGCUGGCUUUGAUGUUUGGAUUGCCAACUGUCGUGGAACAAAAUCCAGUCGAAAACAUACCACGCUCACCCCAGAAGACCCGGCUUUCUGGGACUUCACAUGGGACGAACUUGCUGCUUAUGAUCUUCCUGCAGUACUUCAGUUUGUCUAUAAUCAAACAGGAGGCAAGAAAGUCCACUAUGUCGGUCACUCCCUGGGAACCUUGAUUAUUCUUGCAGCCUUUUCAGAGCACAAGUUAAUAGACAUAGUGAGAUCAGCUGUGUUGCUCUGCCCAAUUGCUUAUCUGCACAGGAUGAGAUCCAGACUCAUAUUGCUUGCAGCUCGUAUCUUCCUUGCAGAAACAAUUCACAUGCUCGGUUUUCACGAGUUCAAUCCUGUUGGGCGAGUUGCACAAGAAGUUUUGGGUGAAGUCUGCACCGACCCUGAAGUUGACUGUUAUGAUUUAUUUGGGGCUGUAGCAGGACCGGACUGCUGCCUCAAUACUUCGACUACAUGCAUCUUCCUACAGCAUGGUCCACAAUCAACCUCUGUGAAAAACAUGAUUCACAUGUCGCAAUUGGUCAGGAAAGCUGGGGUCAGAAGGUACGACUAUGGAAACGAGAAGGAGAACAUGAAGCACUACAAUCAGCCAGAGCCCCCGCUGUACAAUCUCUCGUCCAUUCCGCCCCAUGUCCCCUUGUUCCUCACCCAUGGUGGCCAAGAUUUUCUCGGUGAUGUCCCCGACACCAGGCAUCUCCUGCGGACGCUGGUCAGGGAGCACGACAGUGAUGACAUCGAGGUGCUGUACAUGCCUGACUACGCUCAUGGUGACUUUGUGAUGGGUUACAAUGCUCCGCAGCUCAUAUACAAGCCCAUAGUGGAAUUCUUCAAGCGUCACUGACACUGAGAACCUAUACUGCAGGCCACUUUAUCAUAAGCUGUAGCCUGUAGCAAACAUCAAUAGUUUCAUUGUUUCAGGUCGACUUUCAGUUUAUGAAGGUUUGAAUUACACCUCA